AUGAGAUCUUCACAGGUACUCCUUAAUGUUGCGAACAAAAAGGUUAGCAAAACUGUUCCUAUUGAACUAACACCUUUGUUUUUGGCCGUGAGUGUCGCGUUGUGCUCUGGAGCUUAUUUUACUUACAGGAAAUUUGCUUAUGAUGAUAGCUUAAGAGUCACAGCCAAUCCUCAGCAAUCAGGUCUUAAUGAUAUAUUAAAGGAAAAUGAAAAGGAUAAUUAA